CCCAGAGUAUAUCAUCGUCUCACGAGGAACCCGUUAAGGCUUCAUUAUUACGCGUCUAGGCUAUUAUUGCAGCCAGCUCUCGUCCGCACCGUUUCCAUCGUUCUCCGCGCGGAGAAGCGGAGAGGUUGCCCGCGAUGAUGGCCUCAGAACCGACGGAGGAAGCUAUCGUCAACUUCAUCAGCUUCACAAGUACUAGCCGCGAGCAGGCCAUCAGGUUCCUGAAAGUCAGUGAAAACUUUGCUUCUACGUCUUAUUGCUCUGCACAGCUGACUGCGAUUCUUCUCUAGGCGAAUAACUCGAAUUCGCAGAAGGCCAUCAACGCUUACUUCGAAGAUCCAAUGGGUCUGCAGACAGAGGUGAUAUAUCGAAUAGUCUCGUGGUGUGCUCGGAUUAUUGAGGAUAGAUGCUGAUAAAAAGGAUUGGAAUAUCUUCUGGGCCGCAGGAAAGCACCUAUUACAGUCCUCGAGAUGUUCCCACAUUCGAUACAGAGUACAACAGCUCCAGGCAGGAUCCUUCCGCCUUUGCUGCACCUAUGUCACGCCCUCCUUCUAGAAUGAACAUGCGUGGAUCAGCCUCUGCAACCAAGUUCGAGGGGGUACCGGCGCCUGCAACAAACGGUGAGGCCAACCUGAAGGGGAAUUAAACCGCACCCACUAAUAUAUAUGCGAUUCUCAAUGCAGCGGAUACUGGGAAGCCACUUACCUUGGCUGAACGUGAGGAGCGCGAACUUCAGCAGGCAAUGGCAAUGUCGUUAAACCAAGACAUUGGACAGCAGGAGACUGGAAUAACAACUACAAGCCAGUCGAAUUUUAACAGGGCUACGCGUGAUGAUUAUGAUGAUAAUGAGUGGGCGAUGACCCUAUUCAAUGCAAGCUCUCGCGAGAUCAUCAUCAGUCCAGACCCAGAAGAUCGCAGAAGGGGGGCGGGAGAGCCUGCAUUCCUCCGCCCAUCCCAGGAUGGUCUGUACUUAGGAGGGCUAUUAACGAUUUUGCAUUCAAUUCCUCUUGCCAGAGAGGCUCUAUUGCUAAGAGAUCAUCUUCUCCCUAAUUACGGACACGAUCAGCAGUGGUGGAAUGGGCAGCCUAUUCAACUGCCUAAGAUCACCACAAUUCACGAUACUCACAAUCUCGACAGCGAGUUAGAGGAUACUAUUCAUGAAAGUCAACGAUUAAUGGCAUUUUUAGACUCUACAGAACGUGCUUUCGGCAGUGUUGAUUCUUUGGCGAGCUUCAACUCUAUCACUUCAUACGACUCAGAAGGGAGCGUUGGCAGGUUCCUGGAAAAUUGGCAAGAAGCCGCUUCCAAGGUAGCUCCUGGCAAUCAGCUGACGACCAUAUUCUCGUCGAUUGCGUUCAAACGACCGCUUUCGGUAUACGACACACCGAUCGAUAAGGAGUUCUUUACCCUUGAUCCGUUUGUAGAUCCGGAUCCUGGUCAAACGCUCUAUGACGUAUUGGACCGCACAAUGUGGGCAGAUAGACUGGGGGAAGAGCUUGAUGAUGUGUGGUUGGAACACAUUGCCGACGUCCUCACCAUCAAGCUGGAGGCCUCUGAACCGUCUUCAAAGUCUGUUGGCGUGAAGGUUCCUACCAUUUUCUAUGCGGACCGGUAUAUGAGAAGCUGUAGAGAUAUCUCUCGUGAAUUUCGCACUCGACGACUACAAAUAUACGAGGACGUCUCCAACCUAGAAAUCCUUAUGGGUCGAUUCGCCUUAGCAAGGGGUAUAACUCAGGGAGGGCUCACGCCAAGAGAAGCUCUGGAGAAGGCUGCUGAUACUGUUCCUCUUGCUUCCCGUAAAAACAUCGCUAAUGGCGCAGGCGACACCCUUAUCACCCCGGAAAUUGCGGAUAAGGGUGCUCAAUGGCUGGUCAACGAGCUCAGAACCACAUCUGUCAAAAUCGAAAAGAAGUUGAAAGAGUUGGAGCUUAGGAAGUCCAGAGCUUUGGAAAGCCUGCAGGGCUAUGCCAAAUUCCUCACUGAGCCAUCUCCGUCUCCAGAUGAGACACCUCGUUACCGAUAUACCCUACGAGGUGUCUGUACAGAGCCGCAUGUGACCUAUGUCCUAAGACGACGAGCUUCUGAUGACCCCGAAGGUGUGAUGGAUUCCGACUCUAAAGUAUGUGAUGGUUGGCAGUGGUGGAGAAUCAGUUUCUCUACAGACGAUGCAAAGCAAAAGAGAGCAGAGAAGACUGCCAGCAAUUCAGACUAUCCCCCCCAGAGUGCGGAUGUUGUCGGUUAUACUACGCGUAAAGUCCAGGAAACGGAAGUCCUUCAGGCCGCUGGUGAAGGGUCCAGAACUGCUUUACUUGUAUAUGCCAAUAGCAAUGCAUUGAGCAUUCUAGAGCAACCGCUUCCGCCCCCGCUUCAGGAAUUUAUGCGAUUGGACAACCAGUCCUUUGAGGCAGAGUUCCGAGGACCAGAUAACGAUAAGCACAGUGAGCAGAUCGGAGAGCAGGAGCUGAAUCCAAAUACAUCCAAUGGUCCUGGUGAAUCUCCAGCUGAUUCGACUGUAUACUUUGAUGCGCAACCGACACCAUCGCAUGCAUGGGAGCAGCAGAAAGGACUGGGCAAGAGCGGAUCCACGCAACCGGAUGUAGACGUUUUUGACUAUGAAGUCUCUUCCUUAGACGAGGAGAACGGUCCACGGCAAGAAAUGCAAGAACGGGACGGAGCGAGUCUGCUGAGCCAUGCUACCGCGACCAAGAUAGUUGACCCCCCGGCGUAUAGUCCUCCCAAAUGGGAUGAAAUGGACGAGGGCGGUCAUAGCCAUGCUGAGUAGAAGCAGUGAUGGGCUCUCUAUGUCCGCUAAGAGAUGCAGUUGUCAAGGGACACGUGAAGUCACAUAGGAUCCCAAGAUCUCUGAGCCCUUUAAUGAUUCAUAUUUUAGCUUAUUUUCUGUGUAUAUGACUUCUUUUUGUAUUUAUGUAUGUAGCUCACUGUGAUCUAGGGGAAUUGACCCUUGUUGGAUCACGUGGUAUUCUGCCGCAUAGGUCCG